AUGCGUCUUUAUCUCUUAGCUCUUUUCAUCUCGUGUUCUUGUGCUCGGGGUGGUUGCGAGCCGAAGAUCGUUAACAUUGGUGCGGUUCUGAGCCAGAAGAGGUUCGAACAAGUGUUCAAGGACGCGGUAGCCCAAGCAAACAAUAUCUAUGGAAAGGAGAAGUUUAAGAUGAACGCGAUUUCUGUCACCCAUAAACCCAAUGCCAUACAGAUGGCUCUCUCUGUCUGCGAGGACCUCAUAUCAAACCAGGUGUAUGCCAUAUUAGUGAGCCACCCUCCGCAGUCCAAUGACCACCUGACCCCCACGCCGGUGUCCUACACCGCCGGCUUCUACCGCAUCCCAGUGGUGGGCCUCACCACACGCAUGUCCAUAUACUCUGACAAGAGCAUCCACCUAUCGUUCUUGCGGACGGUGCCGCCCUACUCGCACCAGGCGCAGGUGUGGUUCGACAUGAUGCGCGAGUUCCACUGGAACCACAUCAUCCUCAUCGUCAGCGACGACCACGAGGGCCGCGCCGCCCAGAAGAGGCUGGAGACGCUGCUGGAGGAGCGCGAGACCAAGAAUAAAAACAGGAACUAUGAAAACCUCGACCAACAGUCCUAUGACUACAAGCGAGGACCCAAGGCGGAGAAGGUGCUGUUGUUUAGCCCAGAGACCAACCUCACCGCCAUGCUGAAGGAGGCCAAGGACCUGGAGGCUCGCGUCUUCGUCCUCUCUGCCAGCGAAGACGAGGCAGCCGAGAUCUAUAAGGCGGCUCGCGUGCUGAACAUGACCGGCUCGGGCUACGUCUGGCUGGUGGGCGAGAGGGAGAUGACUGGUAAAGCUCUGAGUGAGGCUCCAGAUGGCUUGCUGGGUCUCCAGCUGGUCAACGGCAAGAACGAGACGGCGCACAUCUUCGAUGCGGUGGCCAUCGUGGCCCAGAGCAUCCAGGAGCUCUUCGAGAAGGAGAACAUCACCGAGCCGCCCCGGGGCUGCGUGGGCAACACCAACAUCUGGAAGACAGGCCCACUGUUCAAACGCGUGCUGAUGUCAUCCAAGUUUGCAGAUGGCUUGACGGGCCGUGUGGAGUUUAACGAUGACGGCGACCGCCGCUUUGCCCACUACAACAUCAUCAACUACCAGAAGGCCCGCAUGGUGACAGUGGGCGUCUACAACGGCUCGCAAGUUCAGAUGAACACCCAGCGCAAGAUCAUAUGGCCUGGAGGAGAGACUGAGAAACCGAGAGGAUAUCAGAUGUCAACCAGACUCAAGAUUGUCACCAUUCAUCAGGAGCCGUUUGUCUAUGUGAAACCGACCCAGCGCGAUGGCACGUGCAAACCGGAGUACACGGUCAACAGAGUCUUAAUCAAAAAAGUCAUCUGCAGUGGGCCCAACGAAACCAUUCCAGGCAGGCCGAUUGUGCCGCAGUGCUGUUACGGUUUCUGCAUCGACCUGCUGAUCAAGCUGGCCACGACCAUGAACUUUACCUACGAGGUCCAUCUCGUGGCCGACGGCAAGUUUGGCACUCAAGAGAGAGUCAACAACAGCAACAAGAAGGAGUGGAACGGCAUGAUGGGCGAGCUGCUCGGCGGCCUGGCUGACAUGAUUGUGGCGCCGCUCACCAUCAACAACGAGCGCGCGCAGUACAUCGAGUUCUCCAAACCAUUCAAGUACCAAGGGCUCACUAUACUGGUGAAAAAGGAAAUCCCAAGGAGUACACUGGACUCCUUCAUGCAACCCUUUCAGAGCACCCUGUGGUUACUGGUGGGUCUAUCGGUCCAUGUUGUGGCGGUGAUGCUCUACCUAUUAGACCGCUUCAGCCCAUUUGGAAGGUUUAAGGUAAACAGUGAGGAGGAGGAGGAGGAUGCCCUCACCUUGUCCUCCGCCAUGUGGUUCUCCUGGGGAGUGCUGCUGAACUCCGGAAUUGGAGAAGGUGCUCCCCGGAGCUUUUCGGCGAGGAUUUUAGGUAUGGUGUGGGCAGGAUUUGCCAUGAUUAUAGUAGCAUCUUACACUGCCAAUUUGGCAGCCUUCCUGGUGCUGGACCGGCCUGAGGAGCGCAUUACCGGCAUCAACGACCCUAGGCUGCGAAACCCAUCAGACAAAUUCAUCUAUGCCACAGUGAAGCAGAGCUCUGUGGACAUUUACUUCCGGCGGCAGGUUGAGCUGAGUACCAUGUACCGCCACAUGGAAAAGCACAACUACGAGAGCGCCGCCGAGGCUAUCCAGGCUGUGCGGGACGGCAAACUCCACGCUUUCAUCUGGGAUUCCGCGGUGUUGGAGUUUGAAGCCUCGCAGAAAUGUGACCUGGUUACUACAGGGGAGUUGUUUUUCCGCUCUGGAUUCGGGAUUGGCAUGCGCAAAGAUAGCCCUUGGAAACAAAACGUGUCGCUGGCCAUUCUCAGCUCUCAUGAGAAUGGCUUCAUGGAGGACUUGGAUAAGACCUGGGUGCGAUAUCAGGAGUGUGACUCCAGAAGCAAUGCCCCAGCCACACUCACGUUUGAGAAUAUGGCAGGUGUCUUCAUGCUAGUGGCUGGAGGCAUCGUGGCUGGCAUUUUCCUGAUCUUCAUCGAGAUAGCCUACAAGCGCCACAAGGAUGCGCGCCGCAAGCAGAUGCAGCUCGCCUUCGCCGCUGUCAACGUCUGGAGGAAGAACCUUCAGGAUAGGAAAAGUGAUAGAGCAGAGCCCGACCCCAAAGUGAAAGGCUCUUUUAGGUCCAUCAGUACCUCCAUGGUGGCCUCCAACAUCAAGAGACGUAGGUCCUCCAAAGACACGCCGUACCCCACGGACAUCGCUGGCCAGCUCAACCUCUCGGACCCCUCCGUCAGCACGGUGGUGUGA